CUUCGCCCUGCGGCUGCCUCGCCCCUGCCGCUCGGCGACUCUCGUGUGGCUGGUGUCAGCGCGCGGCGCGGGCCGCUCCGCCCUGCGGACGGGUCUGUUGGUCUACAUGUUGCUGAAUGGACUAUUCCCAAGAGCAGAGAGUCUGCCCUGAGGGCUAGCAAUCCAUGAACCGUGCAAAUAUAGUGCUAUCGAACAACAGAUAUACAACACCAUACAUAUAGACUUCUGCUUCUGACACCGUCACAGAACCCUGAAUACCUAUCUUGUGUCAUGGCUGUAUAGAAGACAUCCAGCUGAUAUUAUUAAUGGACUCCAGUGAACAUCCUUUUGGAGUCCACUGACUUUUAUAUCAGGGAUGCGUGCUCUCGUGGACAACAUGAAAGGGUAGUGCUGAAGGUUUUACAUUGACAACAAAUUUUUUGUUACUACUGCAGGCUGGUGAUCUAACCUGGAAAAUAGUUAGUUUAGUUUUUGGCUCAAUUUAACUUCCAGAUAACUGCCUUUUUUAAUUCAGUGGCCCUAUAGAAACCCCUCGAUUUUAGAUUUUUAAUGACAGUGUUGUCUUAAUUAGACAAUUAGAAUGAGUAAAAGCAAAUUGGUUAAACAUGGUCAACAGAGAAAAAUUUUCCAGAAGGAAACCAUUCUGUUUUAUUCAGCUAUUUUUUUUUAAUGCACCUUAUAUAGGACACCUGCCCUUUUGCAGCUUCAUAAUUCAUAUCUAGAUGUCACCAGUGUUUCCCAUGUUAACAGUUCUCAGCAUGUUUUACUAUAUUUGCCUUCGGCGCCGAGCCAGGACAGCUACAAGGGGAGAAAUGAUCAACAGCCGGAGAGCUAUUGAAUCAAACAGCCGAGCCUUACCUAUCAAUGUUGAAGUAGUCCAGUAUGCCAAAGAAGUGUUGGAUUUCAGUUCUCAUUACGGUAGUGAAAACAGCAUGUCCUACACCAUGUGGAAUUUGGCAGGUAUUCCAAAUGUGUACCCCAGUUCUGGUGACUUCACUCAGACUGCUGUGUUUCGAACUUAUGGAACUUGGUGGGAUCAGUGUCCUAGUGCCCAGUUGCCAUUCAAGAGGACUCCACCUAACUUCUAUAGCCAGGACUACGUAGAGCUUGCUUUUGAGGAGCCAGUUUAUCCCACAGCAGUGCAUGUUCUGGAAACAUAUCACCCUGGGGCUGUAAUUAGGAUUUUGGCUUCUUCUGCAAAUCCCUAUUCCCAAAAUACACCAGCUGAAGUAAGGUGGGAAAUCCUUUGGUCAGAAGCACCUACCAAGGUGAAUUCUCCUCAGGCUCGCCAGUUCACACCUUGUAUUAAACAGAUUGACUUUCCCACAAAUCUAAUCCGAUUGGAAGUAAAUAGUUCGCUUCAGGACUAUUACACUGAAUUAGAUGCAGUAGUACUACAUGGUGUGAAAGAGAGACCUGUACUUUCACUUAAGACAUCGAUGAUAGAUAUGAAUGAUUUGGAUGAAGAUGAUGAUGAAGAAAAGAAUGGCUGUGAAAUGGAUAGUCUUAAUAAACAGUUCAGUGUUACAGCCCUCAGGGAAUGGACAACUAAUGGGUAUUUUGAUAAACUGCCUUAUGAGCUCAUUCAGUUGAUUUUGAGUCACCUUACAGUACCAGACCUGUGUAGACUAGCACAGACUUGUAAGCUACUAUAUCAGCAUUGCUGUGAUCCUCUACAAUACAUUCACCUCAGUUUACAACCCUACUGGGCAAGGAUAAAUGACACAUCUCUGGAAUAUCUACUGUCUCGCUGCACUCUGGUCCAAUGGCUGAAUUUAUCUUGGACAGGAAACAGGGGAGCCAUAUCUGUUUCUGGAUUUAGCAGGUUCCUGAAAGUUUGUGGCACUGAACUAGUGCGCCUUGAGUUGGCUUGCGGCCAUUUCCUCAAUGAGACUUGCUUGGAGGUCAUUGCUGAGAUGUGUCCAAACCUUCAGGAAUUAAAUCUCUCCUCCUGUGAUAAGCUACCACCUCAGGCUUUCAACCACAUUGCCAAAAUGUGCAGUCUUAAGCGUCUCGUCCUUUAUCGAACAAAAGUAGAGCAAACAGCACUGCUCAGCAUUCUGAACUUCUGUUCAGAGCUUCAGCACCUCAGCCUUGGUAGCUGUGUCAUGAUUGAAGACUAUGACCUGAUAGCGAGUAUGAUGGGAGCAAAGUGCAAAAAACUGCGUACUCUGGAUUUGUGGAGAUGUAAAAACAUUACUGAAAAUGGAAUAGCAGAACUGGCUUCAGGAUGUCAGCUCUUGGAGGAGCUUGAUCUUGGCUGGUGCCCUACGCUACAAAGCAGUACUGGCUGCUUCACAAGCCUUGCGCGUAAGCUCCCAAACUUGCAAAAGCUCUUUCUUACAGCCAACAGGUCUGUGUGUGACACGGACAUUGAAGAACUUGCCGCUAACUGUAGUCAUCUUCGGCAGUUGGACAUACUGGGGACAAGGAUGGUAAGCCCUGCAUCUUUAAGAAAAUUACUGGAGUCUUGUAAAGAUCUUUCUUUACUUGAUGUGUCCUUCUGUUCACAAAUUGAUAAUAGAGUUGUCCUAGAACUGAAUGCCAGCUUUCCUAAUGUGUUCAUAAAAAAGAGUUUCACUCAGUGACUCACUAUGUGUGCUGCUAUGGAAUUCAUUUGACAGUGUUGUAAUGACAAAUUCACAGGAAACAUUUUUCUUCAAAAAAGAAAUUAAAAUCUUCCGUAAAAUAGAGGGGAAGUGUUAACAAUAUUCAUGAAAUGAGUACAUAUUAUGUAUUUGGUGCAGAGCUCUUAUUCUCCUGUACCUUGUUUUCCCUUUGUUAAUUGAUGGCACUGCAUGUGUAUAAAUGGCCACAUAUGUGGCCUGAACUAGAGAAGAUGAAGAAAACAUAUUCUUGAUGCCCUUUUAAAGAAAAUUUUGUACAAUAAGAUACAUUAAAAUCCAGGUGAAAGUGAAGUUUUAACAUUUAGCAAUAGAGAAAUGAUGUGAGUUUCUCUGUCUUGUAGGCUGUAGUGUUUUAGUUUUGGCCUGUGGCAUAAGACUUUGUGAUCUGGCCUGUAAUGUGCUGUUUGAAAAAUUGUUUAAGCUAAUGUAAGAUCAGACUAGACUAAAGAGCCACUUUUUUCUCUCCUUUUGUUGACAGUGAUUGGUAUCUAUUUUAAAACUCUGAUGUGUCUGCUAAGAGUUUUUUUUCCUCUUCAAAUGGAUGAAAUGCGGCAAUGUUUUACAGUCCAGCUUAAUUGACACAACAGAAAAAUACAAAAACCCACCAUAUGACUUUAUAGCAGAAACUAAAAAGAAAGAAAAUUACCUGCUUCCUCCUGUACUGGAUAUAAAAUUUGUGUCAGAUACUUAUUGUCAUAACUGAUAAUACAUAGAAAACCCAAAAGCAAUUUUCUUUUCAAAUUUCUGUUAUGUCAAGGUGUGUUGAUUUGUGGUACAUCUGCCUUUCUUAUGAAGUACAAUAAUAGCAUUACUCAGGAUAAUGUAUUAGAAACUUUUACUUAGUUGGAUAUAUACCUACUAUUAAGUUUAAAAACAAAUAUUUGGUGUUCAGUAAAAUCAUGAUGAAAAUGUGGAGUUUGUAAACCAAAGGCAAUGUGAUUUGGCUAUGUACUAAUUUAUUCAGAGAUGGGUGGUUGUUUUUUCACCAAAAGAGACAAUAUCUUUGAUAAUCUGAACUCUCUUAGCUGCUGUUAAGUCUUUGGAGGAGAGAGAUGAUGAUGAUAGUGGAUUAAUGGUUUUCUUGUACUUUUUGCACUUCUCUGAAUGAGACAUUCUUUCCUCUGUGAUGGCACCAGUGCUAUUGUGAAUUGGUAUUUACAGCAUGUACUCGUAUUUGCAUAACUCCUGUCUCUUUAGACACUACUAGUGAACACAGACCCCCAGACAUGAUCUCUCAUCUGGGAUCAGCUCCAUUAUUGCCACCUUUAUAGCAGAUGCUGUAAAAUGUUUCUUCCAGUCCAUUGGGAAAAUAGGCAUAACAUUUUGCGUGGAAGAAGGCCAUCACUAUAUAGAAGAUCAUCAGCAAAGAAAAUUUAAACUGAUGCAGUAAAUACCUGGCCACUGGAAGAGAAGUGCCUCAAAGCAUCAAUGAACCAGUGAUCUCCAUGGACCUAAAUUAGCAUUUCUGAACUCUUCACACCAAUGCCAAUGUUUUAUAAAUCAUUUCAUGAAACAACUAAAGACCAUUUUUCUGCUUUUAUAAACCUCUAUUCUGAUUUAAAUUGUACAGAAUCUUGUAGAAAAUCCCAAAUCCAAAGAAAAGUGCACAGAUGUCUGUCAUUCACACACAGAUGUCACCAUGUGAUUUUCAGCUAGGUGCCUCCAUUCUAUUUGUCUAUCAGGGUACUGGCGCUACUUAGAGAUGUUUUAGUCUAGACAUCUCUUCAACUGACAGAUGUCUGCCCUAGAGUUGUUCUGUGCAAGAUCUCAUUUUGUUUUGGGAGUGCUCACUUCUUUCAACAAAGUUUUUACUUUAAACUUAUUUUAAUAUAAUGUAUUUACAAUGUAUUGAAUAAUGUCCAAUGUAUAAUGUAAACUUAUUUUAAUGGAAUGUAUUUACAGUGUAUUCAUUGUAAAUAAGAAUUAAACAUUUAUGUCCCAGUUACAGGAGAAUUCAAGUCCAGAUUAUGACUGUUUACAGAUAUUGAUGUUUCAAAAUAAGUAUUGGGUUUUUUGUGAAAUUUCACUCCUUAGGGUGCAUAUGAAUUUUUAUAUUUAUUCUUUAAAAAAUGCUUUUGGGCUUAUGUUUAGAAUUAGAAUUAGAAUUAGAUUUGUUUAGUAUAGAUGUAGUGGUAUAUUUUAUGCCUUCCAAAGUACUAAAGUAGGUGAUUAGUCUAGUCUUACUUCUGCACAUAGGAAUCUUUUAAAAGAAAAUGUAUAAAGGCUCAGGGGAGGUUGUCAGUCUUUUUUGCUUCAUUAUGAAGUAUAAGGAAGGUCUGAUUUGAUUUUUAUUUUGUUUCUGUUCUGUCUAAAGGAUCUAUUUCUGGUUAUCCCUUACAUUCAGAUUUCAGGAAAAAGAACAGGAGUACUUAUGGCACCUUAGAGACUAACAAAUUUAUUUGAGCAUAAGCUUUCGUUUCAGUUUGUGUCUGGAAUGCUCUGCGGUUACUGGAGAUCUCGGAUUAUGUUAUCACACUUUCUGAUAAAGUGGAACCUAAUUAAUUAAAGAGAAGUGAUUUUUUUUCAGACUCUAAAACUUUUUGGGUUUGCUAACACGUAUUUAACUUAAAUAAUUGAGAAAUACCUGGGGGAGAGGACAUCUUUGUUUACAAUUUGAUACCCUUACUCUUCAGUUAAUGGCUGAAGCAAAUUUUUAUAUCUCCAAGAGGUCUUGCAGCAAAAAGAGGGGAUACCAUACUUGGCAUUCCUGAUAUUUCCAAGGUAAAAAGUGAAAAAACACUUUUAGGCCUUCCUUACACAUCAUAAAAAGCAAAAAUAGGCUACAAUCUCAAUUUGACUUGAUGUUACCUCUUAGGAUUUUAUUAUUGAUCAUCUUAUUAAAAGUUGUUCAGCAGAUUUUUAUUUAGGGUAUUUCUGAAAUGUUGAAAUUGGGUAUAGAGCCUGGUAAAGCUUUUCAGCCAGCUAGCUACUGAGAACAAUCUAGGAAUUGCUAUUAUCUUGUCACACUUGCAUCAUAAUAGUUAACCCUGUCAGCAUUUCCAUUGUAAACCGUUAUUUCACUACACCUGGAGACUGGAAAACACCUGGAAUUCCUCUUUAUCCAGAAAUGGAGAUCAACCUGAUCAACAAUUGUGCAGACUUCCCAUGCUACUUUGCCAUUGUGCUUCGGGGCCUGUCUACGUGACUGCUACUCUGGAAUGAAUUAGGGUGUUAAUUUAAAGAUGAAUAGGUAUUCCAGAACGUAUUUUUGAUCUUACUGUGUGUUAAAGACCCAUGCAACCAAGUGACGAUAGAAACUUCUAUAAAAUGCUCAAACUAAACAAACUGGAAAACAUAGAAAAGACUAUAUUUGUCUUCUAGUCUGUCAGUUUGACAUGUAUGAUUUCUAUAACAAUAGCAGAGAUGUGAUAUUUAAGUUAAGUGUGGCCCUACAAUCAGGAAUAUUAACUGUUGUAAAGUUGCGAAAACACCAACUGUGUGAUCCCAUGACCCCCAGGACCAUUGGGUUUUAGUACAUAAAUAACUCAGUAUAGAUCUCUUGAAGGGUAACCAUUCUGAUCGCUUCUGCAGGAUCUUUAAGUCUACUAAAGAUAAAAUGUGGUGCUUGCUGCUAAUACAUAAGGUUUGUCAUUUUGGUAUGUGUAUUCAUUGCUACCCUUUUCCAGACAUUAAGAAAACUUUGCUUUCAGAUAUACUCCAGCUCCGUAUUAGCAUGCAAAAAGUGUUCAUAUUUUAAUGCACAUGCAAAUAACAUAGUAAAUACUUUAAACAUUUUCAUAAGGAAGGUUGUUGGUUUUAGGACCUCAGUAAUUUUACCAUUGAGUUGAAACUUUUGAAACCGUCUGUGUACUUGUGUUAGUUGUCAUGAGAGCAUGUGCAUCAUAUGUUCUUUUAUGAGGUGGAAAUCAUUAAAGAUACACCUCAACUCUGCCAUACAUUUCACAAUUUUUAAGAGAAAUGUUACAUCCAUUUGAUCUUUUUAAAGUUCUCAAGUUAAUUGAAACACACUCUUAGGGUUUUGAGCUACUUAGUUUUUCUUUAAAUAUACAUCUUAUUUGAAAUGCUGCCAUCUUGUUCUGCUGUGAAAAAUAUAAAAUUUAAGCUUUUAAUUUGUAUUUAAUUUAAAUUCCCAUUGAUUGUGUCACUAAGGGUGAAGAGGGAGCCUAUUAAUUUGCACAUCUUUGUUUGUGUCUAAAUUUCUACCUAUUUGCCAGAAUUGAUGUUUCUUUAUAGAUGGAGUGUAGGGAGGGAGAACAGCUGCAUAAAAUCUUGCCUCAUUGGGUUUCUUUUAAUCGGAAUCCUAAGAGCUUAAUGAUUUCAAUAAUUACUUCUAAAACUAGCUGCAGUUGUUGAAUUAAAUUGUAAUAAUUGUGUUACCUUGGGUCCAAUCAUGGAAAAGGACUGUGGAAGACCAAAUGGGAAGAAAUGUUGUGGUUCCACUUUGUGGGGAAUGAGUGGGUCGUUACCCUAUUGCUCUACGGCUAGGUGGGAGAAAAUAUGGCCAGUAGUAGAUUCAUCACUCUGAGAAUCUACUGGUCAAACACCUUUCAUGCCAUGGAGGAUCAAAACAGAAGCUGUGUUUGCUGCUGCUAUCCUGAAGCUGCUGUUGAGCAGGUCCACUAGUACUUUGCAGUUUGUGGGAGAAGAAUUCUAUCCCUACCACCAUACAGAAUCUCUUCACAAAGCUCAUUUCUGCAAGAAGGAACCUGCUAGUCCGGAAUGAACUGUUCCUCAUUUCCUUGAAUACAGCUAGCUCUGCGCUUCUUGGUAGUUUGCACUCUGGUCCCCUGUACCAGUCUGUCUCUAUCUUAUGGGUGAAAGAGAUCUGUACUACUGUGUAGAUCAUCAUGAUGGUAACACCUUUAAAGAGAGACAGACAGUGACAGAGGAUCUGUGGAUCUGACAUAGUCCCUUUCAUGGCUAGCUUUUUCUCUGUCUAUUGCCUGAACUCAUCCCCUGUCCCAAAGAAGUGUCUGUCUUCUGUUGCAAGCACCAUCUCUAAGCAGGCAAACUGACCGCUGUAACAUUCACAGGACCAAAACAGGAGAAGGGCUGAGAACUCCUUUUUCAUCCCAACUUAAACCCAUCAAUCCGCCUGCUGACCUCUGCAUUCCAGGAGGCCUUCUGGGACAUAAAAAGGUCCUCUUUUCCCUUCACCCAAUCUGCUGUUUCCUCACGAGCCAGGAAUAGGUAAAGAUACCUUCUGUAUAUUUUAGGAGACUUAGAAUACCCUACACCCUUCCUUUUGUCAAGAAUGUACAAGCAAAGGUCCAGGAAGCAACACUAUUCUCUCUACCCAUUGUGGGUGAAGCAGGAGGUUCUCGCACACACUGAGCAUCAGAAAAGAUGCAUCUUAAAGACCAUAAUGAGAACAUAAUUUGGUAACAAAUUACAUGUUUCCAGUAUACUGCUCUGUAAUGUGCUAAAAAUUACCAUAAUUAUGUUGUACAGUAGGGUCAUAGUGUGUCAAUAUAAUAUGAAACUUAGGCCCAGGAUUUAAUAUAGAAAUCCUUAUCUUUGUACACUAGUAUUUUAAACCUGAUUGCACUUUGUAUGUCUACCUUAAAAACCCACUAAUGCUUCAUUGAGAAUUUUGAAAAGUAUUGGAUUUUGAGACAAGUUUGGAUUUUGAGACAGUAUCAUAUUUUCAGUAUUUGUUUCCCUGUAUUUUUCACAAGAGGCAUUUGUUUAAAACAGGAUAACUAUUGCUCUGGGUCAACUUUUCUUACUGCUUAACCUCACAUGAAACCACAGUCAUUUGUUACAUUAGAAACAUUCAGCUCAUCGCAACCAGUGUAACCAAAGUGGUAUCAGACUGAAUUUGAGUUCAAAUGGAAAAAAGGACAUGAGGUGUAUGGGCUGCCAUCUUUUGCUGUAGUAGGAUCUUUUGGGGGAGAUGCUAUGGGUUGAGCUAUUGCCAAUGAAAGGUCAGGGUUAAUAAGCAGGGAUAUGUGGAGCAGCUGCCAAUCUGUUUCCUGUUCCUUCAGUAAAUGUUAUCCUCUGUGAACCAUUCUGCCUCCCCAGUUUUUCUUUCAAUUUGAUAUGACAAAUUUUUGCAUGUAAGCCUUGUUUUGAAGUGACAUAAGCUAAAUUCAAAAUAAUAGCUUUAUGAUUGUGAUUGCAAAUUAUUACCAACUCUCCACUCUCUAGUCACCUAUGUAAAAUGGUUGACAGUCUCAGCCUUGUUCCUACAGGUCAGGUGCCCACAUCACAAAACCACUAUUAUAUAUGGUAUUAGGAUGUGAUCUGCAAAGGGAUUUAAGCAUCUAACUCCCAUUGAUUUCAGUGGCAGUUAGGAGCCUAAAUACUUAUGAGGAUUUGGGCCUUCAUGGCUUCUCUCAUUGACAUUCUUGAUAGGAAGAUCAAGGAAUAAACGGACAUGAAGACUAAACUCAUCCUUAGCGGUGGUCCUUCCAGAACACAGGUGAGGCACAGCCAGUUGCCCAGGGAAUGUGGGGAAGCUUGCUGCACAUAUUUAUCCUGCUUUGUAGAUAAAGAAUUGCAUCUUCGGGCUUUUGAACCCCAACAUCUGAACUGAGCACUAAUUCAAUUUAAAAAAGAAAGCUUAAAAUAAUAUUUGUGAUUUAAUAUGAUUUGUUCUAUUUUCUUUUGUAGCAUUAAUAUUUGAAUAAUGUUACAACAUACUGUUUUAAGUGGACUAAUUUAUACAGAAAGUGGAAGAACCAGCAACAUAGAACAGUCCUGAGAUAAGACUGCUAACUCUGCUAAAAGCUCUUAUACACAUUAGCACAAAUGAAACCCUUAUGUAAUAAGCAAAUGAAGGAGAAACAGCUAAGGUAUAGAGGGAUAAUUGCUUAUAAACAUUGUCUUUUAGUGUUUUCCUUGCAACAUGUAAAGCACAUGCUGGUGGACUGCAUGUGACUGUUCCACUUUUAAGAUUCGGAAGUUCAAGAAUGCUUUAAAAAAUAUGUUUUAGAUCUUGUAUAACUUUUUUCAAAAUACCCCACUUCUUCCCCUAACCCCAUAUUCCAUGCCAAAAAAAGUACUUGCAGACUGAUAUUUUUAUUAUUUUCAUCCCAGAAUGGUGAUUUGUAGCCAAUUUAUAAAAUACCAUUGGGAAUACGUGCAUGAGGUUCCAUGCUAACUUCAGUUAGUUUUAAUGGGAGUUACCUAGCAAAAAGACCCUGAAUGCCCUCACAGAAAAUAGACUCUUCAAAGUUUACAUGGGAAAGGAUGACAGAAACUUAAGAUAUGGCUGUUUGAAAAAGCUGAGCAACACUGCAGGGAUGCAUUUUAAGACCUCCAGCCUGCUCUUAGCAACAUGAGCAUAUGAGGCCAAUGUCCACUUACUCUGUAAAAUUGGUGCUGGUGCAAAUGCAGUCAGUAAUCCAAAGUACAUAGUCAUGUAUUUCUGUAUAUUUCUAAGAACAGUUUUACACCCUAAAAUUGUUCUCCAUGCCACUAAUUCAACAGUAUUUACUUUCCUUCAGAGGACAAAUUUCAUCUAAGUGGGCUAAUUAUUUCUAGGAUGACUAGCCCAUCAACUAGGGCAGGGGUAGACAACCUAUGGCACGUGUGCCGAAGGUGGCACGUGAGCUGAUUUUCAGUGGCACUCAUGCUGCCCGGGU